GAAAGUUCCCACACUUUCGAGUUUCUGCAGCGAUCAAAUCAAUUAUAAUAUUUUUUUCGCAGAAGGCGGAUUAAAAACAUGCCCCAUUUCGAUGAAAAGAGAGCAUAUGCUGCCCAGGAAGAUAUCUUUUUCGACGACGGCAGAGAAGAAGAGCUCGUCGAGUUCGUGAAAUCCAAGCCCAAUGUCCAAGGUUCACCAUCCGCCGUCUUGAAAGCAAUCGAUGAGUUCGGCCGCACCAAGAAAUACCUCAUGAAUGUUGGAGAAGACAAGGGCCGCAUCGUCACCGAUUUAAUCCAUGAAGCAAAACCAGAAAUCAUGCUCGAACUGGGGGGUUAUUGCGGCUACUCUACAAUCUUAUUUGCACAUGCACAGCGAGCCGCCGGAGGCAAGAAAUAUUAUUCACUUGAGCGAAGCCCCAAGUUUGCCAAGGUCAUUAAAACCCUCGUCGGGAUUGCAGGUCUGUCCGACUUCGUCGAGAUGGUCGUCGGGCCCAGCAACGAAGGAAUCCGCAUCCUGCUGGUCGCAGGCAAAGUCAAGAAAAUCGACAUGAUGUUCCUGGAUCACUACAAACCAGCAUACACCACUGACCUCAAACUCUGCGAAAGUCUUGGUCUCAUUCAAAAAGGUACGAUUUUGGCGGCAGAUAAUGUGAUUAAGCCGGGCAAUCCGCCAUAUUUGGAGUAUGUGAGGAGUUCGGUGGAGGAGAAGAGGAAGAGGGUGGCGGAGAAGCAGGAGAAGAAGGAUACGGAGGGUUUCUCGGAUAGAGCGGCUAAGCAAUAUGGGGGUGUGGAGGAGUUGAGUAUGGAGGUUAAGGGGAAUCCGGAGAUUGUUUAUGAGAGUCGGUUAGUGAAUAGCUUUGAGCCUACUGGAGUUCCUGAUGGGAUUGAAAUCACGAGAUGUGUUGAGGUGCCGGCUUGAGAAGACAUGGACAUUUCCUCCACGGUUCAAUGUUGAUUGAGCUCAUUCUGCUCUAAUUUUACACCAUGAGUGCUCCAGACUUGUUAAACAGUCGCCUGUUAAUACGAUCUCUUACUUAGCCCCACAGAGAUACCCUGGAAUCUUCAUCAAAUGUUAGUCAGGCGCGGCUGGUUAC